AUGACUUUGAUCAAGCGCUUUGCCAAACUAUAUUUUGAGAUUUAUCCUUCGACUCCAGUCCAUAUGCAACAGGCCAGAGGUUGCCUCCAUCGCCUUGCAGCCAUGCCACCUUCAAGAUCUGUGCGGGCUUCCAGCUGUGCAGCGGCUUGCGAACGGCUGGGUCCACUACUUGGGCUGGGCCUACCUGUCUUCGUCUGGCGUAAUGGGACGGACUAUCAGUUCACGGCUUCUGCUUCCGUUUCCGUCUGGCCCAAACAUACUUUUGGAAUUCCUACCCUUGCUUAUUCUGCUCAAUCUUUAAUCUUUCAGCGUGCUGACAAGGAAGUGGAAGGUAAUCUCUCGACGGCCGCGCCACGACAACUUAAAAUAAAAAGUCCGACGGGAGAUAUCGUCACGUCUCUGGCUUUAAACUUGGACACUGGACAACAACUGCUCCUGCUUGGCCCUGACUCUGACCCUGGCGCCCCUUCUCUCUGCGUGGGAUGUUGA